AUGGAGUUGCCACAAGCGGCAGCAGCAGCAGCGCCGAAUGCGUCGGCAUCCUUGCAACGUGUCGCCUCGGAAUCCAGUCUUGGCCGGGAUCGGAAGGGGGAACGGGAUCAGGAACAGGCAGCUGCUCCGCCUGGCCAACUGAUGGCCCAUCACUAUCAUUACAUUCAGUAUCCGGCGCACUUCCAGCAGCAGCAACUCCAGGAGCAGCCCCAGCCACAACAACUGCCCUGCCAGUGUCCCUGCUCCUGUGGUAGAGCACCUCCUCCUCCUCCUCUUUCCGCCCAGCCCACUAAUCCCGGCCAGAAUGCUUCCAUGGCCGUGGCUGUGCUGGUCCACCAACAGACUCCCAGUCAGCAGGAGCCGGCUAGGAGUUCGCCCCUCAAAGCGCAGUCUGCCCAAUCCCUGCUGAAUCACUCUUACCAGGCUCUCCACGAGGAGCAUCACCAGCAGCAGGAGCAGCUCCAACUGGACUCCUCAGCCGGAGCCGGGAGCUGCGAUUGCGAUCUGGAGUGCACCUGCCCAGCCACUGGGGGCAACUCCUCGUUGGCCCAGCACAAGAGGAGUCUACUGGCAGAUGCCAUGCUGGGAGCAGAUGAGAUCACGGUCAGUGAGUCCGACAACAAUAGCACCAUGAUCAAGAAGAAGAAGCCCAGAUCCGGCGGAGGAGCUGGACAACUUCCGCCGAAGACACAGCCCACGGGGGACAGUUGCAACGACAUCUACCACGACACGGAGCUGGAUGGAGCAGGUGGAGCCGUGACUGCGUCUCCUGGUUCGGGCAUCAAGUCACAGAUUCUGGACGAUAACCGCCCUCCUCUGCCGCCACGCCCACCGCCCAGGCCGAGGAGUAAUGCUAAUGGUUCCAUAGCCCAUCGCCAUGGAGCUGGGAUCAAGAAGUACGUGGUCUGGUGCCUCAUCUGCGGCGGCUUCAGUUGCCUGCUGGGCGUGCUCUUCCUGGGCGUCUACUUCCUGCUGCAUUCCUACACCAUCACGGUGGGCAACUUCGAAACGGUGCCCACCUUUGUGCCCGCCACCCUGCUCAUCCUCACGGGCGUCUGCAUCAUGAGCCUGGCCAGGCGGAGGAAUCGCUAUAGUUAUCUGAUCAAGCUGUCCGGAGCCUGUGGCCUGGUCUCCGCCCUCACCUGCGCCCUGGUCACCGUGACCACCACUGUGCUCCACAUGAGUCGUCUGCAGGCGCUGAGGGAAUGCGAAUAUGCCCAGAAGACCAGGACCUGCACCUGCUACUCGGACCUCAUCGAAUCCCAGGUGGAUCGAGUGGAUAAGGAAGGAGUUCGCCUGGUGUUCGACUCUCUUUCGGAUUGCGGCGUUGUCCAUGGAUCCCUGUACUCCUGCCUGAGGGCCAUCUUUGGCCUGUCCGUGGCCGGAGUCCUCAUCGCCGUCUUCAGCUGCAUGUUGGUGUACCAGCUGCUGAGUCACGAGCGGAAGAAGAUGUACUGGGAGCAGCUGGAGCUGCGCUGCAGAUCCCUGUACGCCAGUCAGGCUCCUCCGCCCACAUUGGGUCCUGGCAGGAUGUUGAACUGCCGGUGCUGCGAGCAGUGCCACGCCCACAGGCAGCUGACGCUGCCCCUCCAGGCCACCGCCUAUCCGUGGGAUGAGGCCACCGUGGCCGCCGCAGCAGCAGCCGCCGGUGGAGGUGGUGGGGAGCAGAGAUUCUGGGCCGCCCAGCCACCGGGUAACUUCUACUCCCCGAAUCCAGGAGGAGAGGAUGCAGUGGGCAGCUGCCGAAGUGGCGAACGCGCCGGAGGAGGAGCAGGGCGCAGUAGCAGUGGCUGGAGCUGGCCUCGAAUGCCCUGGCAAAGGACUACGCCCGACACUGGGCGUCGCUUCCGGCAGGCGGCUGCCAGUCCCGACUCCCAGUAUGGCUUCAGUUCAUCCACUGCGGUGCAGGGCGAUGGGAAUCAGAUGCUAAUCGAAGAGCCCGUGGUGGCCGCCGCCUACAGUGGAAUGCCCCCGCCCAAUGCCCUGCCCUACGGCGUCUGGGGUCCUCCGCCGCCCUACAGCGAUCCCAAUAGUCCGGCCAGACGGGGAUACUACCAGUACCUCCAGCCCACGGCGUGUCUGGUGGGCAAUCAGGGCACUGUGGCUGUGACCCUAACCCAGGAGCAGAUGCAUCCCAGCCUGCAGCACCCUCAUCAGCAUUCCCAGCAGCAGCAGCAGUUGCAACAGCUGCAGCUGCAACGCCUUCAGGUGCAGUCCGCCACUCUGGAGCGGAUGGAUGGGCUUAGUAGCGCCGGGAAUGUCAGCACCCUGGUGGCCGCCACUCGCUCCUCCGCCUACAAGUCCAAGGUGGAGUACGAGAAUACACCUUCCGAUAGCGAUGGUGGCAAUCCUCGCGAGCGGGAACGCUGCUCCAAUACGCUGCCCACGAGAAAGCUGAAGAAGCGCCUGGAGGCGGGUACGGGAGCCAAGAGCAUCGGUCCGCAAAGUAAUCCCGGCCAGCAGCGACCCAAUGUCCAGCAGCUGUUCGCUAAGCAGGAGCAGGCCGUCCAGGUCCAGGCGAAUCCCCAGCAGGCUCAGCCCCAGACCGCCGGAGUGGAGAACAGUGGCUACCAGGACUCCAAUGGAGCCAUAGCCAAGGAUCAGGCGGUGGGUACGGAUCCCGCCGAGUCCGAGGUGUACUUCGCCGACGUGAGCAGCUGCUGCAACAUGUCCGUGAAGAACGACAGCUACUACGACAAUGCCCAGAGGCACCAGGGACAUCCCGGUCACAAUCAUCAUCAUCAGCACCAGCACAGCAACUGCAGCCACAGCAGCGGGCAGAGCAACGCCAACGAGGACUACCUGGCACAGAGGUUUGGUCGGGGGAGGGAGCACUCCGUCCGGAGCAGACUGCCCAUUCCGCAGACCAGGCGAGAGGACGACUACGAGAGCUCCAACCUGAACAUGCCCACGCUGAAGGAGCAGCAGCAGCAGGCGCAGCAGCUGCAGAAGGAGAUCUCGCGGCAGAGCAUGUGCUCCGUGGAGUCGGAGGCCAAGACGGAGUUCACCGAUCUCUCGCCCUCGACGCCCUGCGGUGGCAAUCUCCCCCUGCCGCCGCCGGCGAACUUCGCCAGUGAUCCGCCGGCUGGUCAGCAGUCGCCCAGCUUUGUGGCCUCGUUUCCCUACUCCUCGGAGUCGCAGUGCCUGGAGGCGCAUCGCCGCUCCACGAAGAACAUCCACGAGCUGCUGAUCGCCGGGGGAUCAUCCUCCAACGGCGGCGACUCGCACUACGAGGUGAUCAACGAUAGGGGGAAUCCCUAUCAGCGCUCCCAGCAGGCCAAGCACAAGGCCAAGUCCAAGACGCGAUCCCGGGAACAGCUGGACAUCUACGGCAGCGCAGCCGAGCGAUCCGACUGGUCAUCGGAUGGGGGUCGCUUGUGAGGAAGCGACGACGAGGAGGUAUUUGUCUAGCAGCGGUUUCACCUUCAUUAUAUUCUCUAAGGAUGUGGCUCUAAGUAUGGGGAUCAGUGAUGGGAGUUAAGACUUUAGAAUCCUUGUUUAUCAUAUGAUAUAAGUAUCAAUCGAUUGGAUACUUCCCAUCACUGCCUGUAGAUCCAACCACCUUUGGUUUAGAAUCGUCGCAUUUGUAAUGUUUGCCAUCCAAAAGAAAACGGAACUCUAUUCUAUUUAAUAUCUCUCUCCCAACUAUCGAAGGUCCUCGGGGCCCAAAAACAAACCUUGCUUUAACUACUUUACGCGAUAUCCUUUGCAUAGUUUACUUAGAACAUAUAUUAUUACUUAACACAUAUGGUAGCAUUGAAUUGAAUGUUGACAACUUGUAGCAAUGAUAAUCUAUGGAUAUUAUAUACAAAUUAUGUUACAUUUACCUGCGUAUUUACAUAGUUGCGUAUACACACACCCAUAUACACAUACACAAAUAUAUGACUAGUUAGUUAAAUGUUAGAGCGCCAGUUAAAUUUAUUAAACCAGUACACCAAGUAUAACCAAAACAUUUUAACAA